UCGCUCUCUGGAAGAGAGAGAGAGCGAGAGAGAGAGUUACGGAUAAGUUCGGGUCUCGUGCGCGUGUGUGUGUGUAUAUAUAUAUGAAUGCGUGUUUGUGUGUGCGCGCGCGCGUUCAGGUGCAGGUUUGAGUCGCGCGCUGUCGUCUGUCCGUUGAUGAGCGAUGCCGAAGUGAGCCGCGGGAGAUCAGUGAAGCGCGUGCGGGAGAAUAAAGAUAAUGGGGUCGGUCACGGAGAGUCCAGAGGAGCGCGCAAAAAAGCCGGCGGUGAAGUGCGCGUGCCAGAGCCGGUGCGACGGCGGCGGAGGAGGAAGCUGGAAAGCGUUCGCGGGUCUGUUCGCGCUGUCGCUCGCGCUGCACCUCGUCACGCUCGUGUGCUACGUGGAGUUGCGCUCCGAGGUCGAGCGUGAGAUCCGGAUCCAGAAGAGCGGCAGCGGCACCGUGGCUCCUCCGGUCCCUGUGCGAGGAGAAGGAAGAGGAGGAGAAGGGGGAGGAGGAGAAGUGCACGAACAGCUGAGAGUGAGGAGACGGACAGAGGAGAGAAUCAUCCUGCGCUCCAAACGCUCAGAUUCACCUGGAAAUGGAAAGAGGAAGGGCGAGAGGAAAAAAGGUAAAAAAGGUCCACCUGGUGCUCCAGGACCUCCAGGACCACCUGGGCCUCAGGGACCACCGGGAAUACCAGGAAUACCAGGAAUACCAGGAAGCAAUGCAAUGGGACCACCAGGACCACCGGGACCUGCUGGACCUCCGGGACCUCAAGGACCACCUGGAGCUCAGGGAACACCAGGUGGAGGUGAGAGAAGCAGGUUCAGAGACACACAGCCAGCUGUGGUACACCUACAGGGUCAGGAGACAACCAUCCAGGUGAAAGAAGAUCUCUCUGAAGGCGUCCUGAAGAACUGGAAGACGAUCGCGAUGCACCACCGUGUGUUUAAGAUGCACUCGCGCUCCGGAGAGCUGGAGGUUCUGCAGGACGGGACGUACUUCAUCUAUAGUCAGGUAGAAGUGUACUUCCUGAACUUCACGGACAUUGCGAGUUACGAGGUGAUGAUCGAUAAAGAUCCGUUCCUCCGCUGCACGCGCAGCAUCGAAACCGGACAGCGCAAGUUCAACACCUGCUACACGGCUGGAGUGUGUUGGCUCCGCGCCAGGCAGAGGAUCUCCAUCCGCAUGGUGUACGACGACACCUCCAUCUCCAUGACCAACCACACCACCUUCCUUGGGAGCAUCCGCCUUGGAGAAGCCCCGCCCACUGGACACAGCUGAGCCAACUGAAUUAAACACAAAACACUCAGGGGAUAUGUCAGAGUCUCUCAUCAUCCCCGAAGGGCAACUAAAGCCAUACUGGCUCCUAGACUCCUCCCAUUACAAUAUGUGAGCCAAUUAGCUUUCAGAUUCCUCCUACCAGAUAUCACCAAACAGAGAAUCAUUUAAUCAGCUCACUUUCUUCCAGAAGAAAAAAAAAUUCUAUGCCAAUCAGCUCACUCCAUAUUCUCCCUACUGAGCAAUAGCUCCGCCUAUCUGAACCGAUGAUUAUGAAGGUUUCACCUACUGAACAUGCAGUCCACCCACUGUGGUCCACGCCCAUGAAACAAGCUGUAAAUCAGCUCACAGUCCUAGUUAGCAUAGUUAUCUACAUGGAGCUGAGACGUGAUUGGCUGGCAAUGAUGUCACAUGAUCAGGGUUCUGACUGGCUGAUCGAGGAUUGGUGGUCACUUCAGGAUGUUCUGACUACACACACACACACACACAACAGACUGUUAGGUAUAAUUACACAGUCAUUGUACACAAUUUUCAUCACAUUAAUAUUUUUACAGUUUAUGAUUUUUAUCACUCGUGUAUUUUUUUAAAUUGUAUUUUAUCCAGUGAAGAGAAUUAUGGGAUUGUUCUACAGUCUCUGGAGUUAUAAUAUUAUCAUCUUUAUAAAUGAAACCCAUCUCCAGUGCACUGGACACUGUGUUUGUGUGUGUGUGUGUGUGCAUGAGCACUGUGUUGCUGUGCUCUUAACUGUUUUCUGAUGAUUGUUGUGUAUUGUAACUCAGGAGUGUGUGUGCGCGCUGUGGGUUGUUUUAUAAUGAUUGUUGUGUGUAUUGUUUGUGUUGUGUAACUCUGGAGUGUGUGUUGUGUAACUCGGGAGUGUGUGUUGUGUGUGUGUGUGUGUGUGUUUACCAUGUUCAUGUACAUUUGUAUACUAUGCAGUGGGUGUAAAUAUGUAGAUACACAAUUUCUCCUCUUGCUCUGUUUCUGUAAAGUUCUGUAUUAAAUAUUUUUUCUCACACAGUUGUUGUG